CCGUUAAAACCGCAGUGUUCAGCACUGUGUGUGUACUGUGUCUUUAAUACUUUGCUCCGAGGUAGGAAAAGGUUCGGUGAGUUUGUUGGCAUCGCCUUUAGCUAGUUCGUCAGCUUCUCUUGGGUUAUUAUUCUUCCAUUGAACCAGAAACAUGUCGUCUGUUCCGGAAGGAUCCAGGGGAGCGGACGGCAGCAGGAAGCUGCAGCAGACGCAGAACCAGGUGGAUGAGGUGGUGGACAUCAUGCGGGUGAACGUGGGGAAGGUUCUGGAGCGGGACCAGAAGCUGUCGGAGCUGGACGACCGGGCCGAGGCCCUGCAGGCCGGGGCCUCCCAGUUCGAGACCAACGCCGCCAAGCUGAAGAGGAAGUACUGGUGGAAGAACUGCAAGAUGUGGGCCAUUUUGAUUGCUGUUGUUCUCAUCAUCAUCAUCAUCAUCAUCAUUUGGAGUCAGUCAUAAAGCAAAGCACAGAGAAGAAGGGCUGGAGGAACACGUUUCCAUCGAAGACCGUGCCAAACCCCGACCUGCCAUUUUUAUUUUAUCUUCAAUAAUUGAUGUGGCCUAAUUCAAGAAGUGCCUGUUUUUUUUUUUGUUGUUGUUGAAUUUUUUUUUUUUUUUGUGCUACUGUUUUUUCAUCCUACCAGUCUAAAAUAUUUACUGGUGACAUUAAUGGUCAAGAAAACAUAAACAUGAAGAAAUGAGAGAAUUACAUUGUCAGCUAAAUAUUUUUUACUGUAUUAUAUAUACUGUAUUAGGCAUGGUCUUUAUAUGAAAAGGGGGGAACACCCUUUUAAAAUCGUUUCCACAUUUAAAAACAAUUAAAUAGAAAUAUUUUGGGUGAUAGAUUUGACAGAUAUAAUUGUAAUACACUAACUAUUCUAAUUGCGGUAAUCCUUAGUUGUUCGCGUCCACAAGGAAGGCUUUCAGAUAGAACCUCAAAUGAGUGUGUCCGUUUUUUGAUUUGCAUUGUGCAGAGUCAUUUUUAAAACACCAGGCCAUGUGACCUGAAUAUUUGUUUACGUUUAGGUCAUAAUGUUUUAAAUAAGCUUGUGAAACCUUUAACUGUCCCCAGGGGGUGCCACCAGGGAUUUUGGGCCCCAUGAAAACAUCUCACAGAAAAUCCUAUAUUCCAAUAUUUUUUGAGGGUUACCCUAGUCAGCCAGGACCCUUAGAAUUGUCCUAAUCCCCCAUCGCCCCUCAUUGCUCCCCUAACUGUCACUCAAGCUGUAAGGACACGAUAUAUUUUAACUACAUCUGUGAUGGAAGUCUCCUUCAGGGUAAUGAUGUCACAGGAAGGACCCCCCCCCCCCCCCCUAACUAAAUGAUAAUUCCACAAGUCGGAAAGAAUAGCUUGAACUCCAGUGCCAUAUAGACUUGAUGCUCUAGACGGGUGUCCAAACUAAUGCACGUUGCAGAAGCUUAUCAGC